AGGAAAACCCAAGCUGGAGUGGGCCAGAAGUGGUUAUUCCUUCCCCAUUGGGCAUAGCCAGAGCGAUGACUAAUAUCACCUUUCGGCCCGUUCGGAGUCCCGAGGUCGGUAACUACGUGCUGAUUCCUCACUCGGCAAAAGACACGGCAGAAAGAAUCUAUCCAGCAUGGACAUAUAUUACCACGUUUUUAACAGAAGCAAAAACUGAAUGUGGCCCCGAAAAUACAAAAUUCAUGCCCAUAAAUUCCUUCCCGGAGCUGAAACCUUGCCGUGAUCGAACUGCGGUGAACCCACCUGGGUUUAGACCUGUUCAUUUUUCGCCUCUAACGCCUCCACCCCGCGCUUGAGUAGUUAGUUACCGAGCUAACAACCAAGCGGAAAUGGGAAAAAUGGGGUCUGCUUCGAAUUCUCGCUGCAGCUAGAAGAGACAUGACGUCCUGUUCGCCAGUUUUGACACCUUAAAGGAAUCUAGGUGGGGUGCGGACUAUUUCACUGGCAUGGCGUUUUUCUCACCGUGCCAGUGCUUGGUUUGUUCGUCUGUCACUCGAUAUCGAUAUAGACAAAUUUCCCUCGAGAUUCUGCAUGCAGAGGGCUUUGUCCAACGGGGGACGAGUUUCAUCAUAAAUAUUUCCGCUAAACAACGUUGAUUUGACAUUGCCGUCGCAUCUUAAUCCGUUGCAUUGUUGCUGUCGGGUAUGGAGUGCUCAUAUGGGACGACGAAUAUUUAGCACUUAUUUUUAUUAUUUAUUUAUUUUAUUUUUUCCAUGUUGAGUAUUUUUUUAAACUCAUUGCCACAUCAGAUCACAUACGCAUUUUUAUCUCCAUUUAAUGUUUCAAUAUUUGUUAUAUUGCUGAUAUACAGAUUACCCUAUUUCGCAAUAGUCAUGACAACAUUGGAUACCAGCGCUGACAUUCCUCACGGCAACUCGACAACAGUUGAGCCGGGCGUCGCAUGGCAUCCCAAGAGCAAGAAAUUCGGAUGGAAGCUUUGGAACAAGCAGAAUGCGCAAGCUGUUGGCGCCAAGGAUGAAGCUCCCAAACCUCCUGCUGCUAUAGAAUCCAAUGUCCGAAUGCCUAUUCCUGAUGGACAACACCAACCUGCACAGGCCGAGCUGCUGUCAGAGCGUGAUAUUGAGCGGUUGGGACGGGAGCGUCCAGCUGUCUUCAAAAAUGCUUGGACUGAGACAGCGUUCGUGUUUUCAAUUUCCAUGUCCCAGGUCCUUGCGGAAUAUUUCAUCUCCGGCUUCAACGUAGUGUUGCCAUCUCUGGUUAAGGAGUUGAAUAUUACUGAGUCGUCCGCUAUCUGGCCUGCAAGUGCGUUCUCACUUGUAGUAGCCGCGACGUUGCUGAUAUUUGGUCGAAUUGCUGAUAUGAUUGGCGGCUACCCAGUCUACGUCUUUGGCAUGGCAUGGCUAUUUGUCUGGUCUGUAGUUGCCGGAUUCUCUAAAAACCGCUUGAUGUUGAUCUUCUGCCGCACACUGCAAGGAAUCGGCCCAGCUGCAUACCUUCCGUCGAGCAUGAUGCUACUUGCAAAAGUUUACAGACCGGGCCCAAGAAAGAAUAUGGUAUUUAGCAUUUACGGCACGUGUGCAGUUAUUGGAUUUUUCAUUGGGAUCUUUUGCUCCGGCGUCUCGGCGCAGUUCCUUUCAUGGGGGUGGUAUUUUUGGAUCGGUGCGAUUCUUGCAGCUAUCACAGCCGUUUCCUCGUUCUUGACCAUCCCGUCCGAUACGGCUGAGGCACGGAAACAAGGUAUCAAGAUGGAUUAUAUGGGUGCGGCGCUUAUCGUUCCUGGCUUGACAUUGACUGUCUUCGCCAUUACGGAUAGCGCGCAUGCUCCUGACGGCUGGCGGACACCCUAUGUGUACGUCUGUUUCAUCAUCGGUAGUAUUCUUCUCGGACUAGCUGUUUAUGUCGAGGGAUGGGUUGCUAAGUCGCCACUGUUACCAUUUGAUAUUUUCGAUGCUCCGUACAUGAAGCCAUUGGUCGUUUCUCUCCUAUUUUUCUACGGGUGUUUAGGCGUUUACCUCCUUUACGGAACCCUAUACAUGGUCAAUAUCAUGGGAGCAAGCCCUAUGCAGGUAGUCGCCUGGUGCGUCCCCAUGGUCGUCGGCGGAUUUAUCUUCCCCAUCCUCUGCGCGCUCUCCUCCACAUCAUCUCAGGAACAAUGUUGCUUAUAAUCUCCGGCAUCGGGUGGGUCGGAACCGGCGUUCUCUUCGCUGUCAUGCCUGAGGGAACGUCAUACUGGGCCUUUGUGUUCCCCUCCAUGGUCGGCGCUACGCUAGGUAUCGAUAUCACCUUCAACAUCACGAAUAUCUUCAUAACGACAAGUCAGCCCGCCAAGCGGCAGGGGCUGGCUGGCGCUGUGAUUAAUUCAGUGCUACACUUGAGCAUUGCGUUUCUUCUUGGGUUGGCGGAUAUAGCGCAGGUGCACACGGCGCACUGGGGCAAAUUAGAGAGUUAUAGAGUUGUGUUUUGGUUUCAGGUUGGAUGCGCGGUUGCGUCGUUGUUAAUUAUGAUCUUUUUUGUGAGGGUUAAUGCUGCGAAGAGUGAGAUGACGGCGGAUGAACGGCAGCAGUUGAUGCAGGGGGAGCAGUCGGAUUCGCAAAGUUGAACCCGGUUAAAAUAGAUUUACGAGUUGAUGCAUAUAAAAACUCAGCUUAUAGAAUUUCUUUAUUGGUUCGAGGAUUUAUUUGGGCUAGUAUGAUCAAAGGAAGCUUUUUUAUCUUAGCUAUAUAGCGAUUGCAUUUUAGAGCUGGACUAUAACAUGACCCGUCUACCAUCCACGAUAUGGCUUAUCAUUUGGAUAUGUUGCUAGCUUCCAUUAGCGUUCUCCCUCCAGUUACUACGGUUGCCAUCUUCUUCAAGCUUUCCAGUUGGGCAGUGCUCCCUACGGCAUAACCACGAGUUGAGUGGGAGUUAAACAGGAGCCAUGACCAAAAGCCCUUCGCCCAAGCCUUGGUAAGCUAUGAUUGGCUCGAGACCUAGGUGGUCAUUCCAAAGGCGGUUAUGCAUGUAUUGGUACUAAAAGCCCUCACUCAAAGGGGUUGAAAUGCAAUUUCUUUACUCCGCCAUUGCUCGAUACGGUACUGUAAUGAUU